AUUUCAUGAAUAUGCUUCAAACCAUCAAAUCGCGCACUUUGAAAGGUGGAAUUUUAUGGUAUGUGAAUUAUAUCUCAAUUUUUUUAAAUGCGAAGAAAAUGACAUGAAUGGAGAGGAGUUAGCAGAACUGAAACAAUGAAAUGGCGCGCAAGUGUUGUGUGUUCCCUUCGCACCCAACCAAAUGAACUUUGGGCCCCGCCCCAGUGCACCCGGAGGGUCUGAGAGGAAAAGGACGCUGGCAACAGGACCUAGAAAAAAGAAGUCUCAGGAUUCCAAGGGGACGCGGGUCCAGUGGGAGCCAGGAUCGCCUAGGACGCCUAGGACUGAGGCGGCGUUCACAGACUCAGAAGUUGCCCAGGCCACAGCAAAGAUUUAAAGGUUGCAGCACUGAAGCUUUUUAAAGAGGACGGAGGGAAUUCCCACCCUGCAUCCUCCUUAAAGCCGUCUGACCUACCAGAGAACCAUGGCAACCAGCGCUGUUCCCAGUGAUAACCUCCCCACCUACAAGCUGGUGGUGGUGGGCGACGGGGGUGUGGGGAAGAGUGCUCUCACCAUCCAGUUUUUCCAGAAGAUCUUUGUGCCUGACUACGACCCCACCAUUGAGGACUCCUACCUGAAGCAUACAGAGAUUGACAAUCAGUGGGCCAUCUUAGAUGUGCUGGACACAGCUGGGCAGGAGGAGUUCAGCGCCAUGCGGGAGCAGUACAUGCGCACAGGGGAUGGCUUCCUCAUCGUCUACUCUGUCACCGACAAGGCCAGCUUUGAGCACGUGGACCGCUUCCACCAGCUCAUCCUGCGCGUCAAGGACAGGGAGUCAUUUCCGAUGAUCCUUGUGGCCAACAAAGUUGAUUUGAUGCACCUGAGGAAAAUCACGAGGGAGCAAGGAAAAGAAAUGGCGACCAAACACAAUAUUCCUUACAUAGAAACCAGUGCCAAGGACCCGCCUCUCAAUGUGGACAAAGCCUUCCAUGACCUCGUUAGAGUAAUUAGGCAACAGAUUCCAGAAAAAAGCCAGAAGAAGAAGAAGAAAACCAAAUGGCGAGGAGACCGUGCCACUGGUACCCACAAACUGCAAUGUGUGAUAUUGUGAUGGCCGAGGCCCCAGCACAGCGACCAUGACCAGCCCUCGAAACUCUCCACUGCCUAACUGCACUGAAAACCAUUUCUAACCAUGACCGAGAGCUUGGCACAGGAAGGGAGAGAGGGAGGUGGCCAGGGAGCAGAGUCAGGGCUUGCUUGAGGGCCCUGGCUUUUCCAUCUCCUAAGAGAGGCAAGGAAGCCACCCGUGAACAGAAGCAGUAUCCAGGCUCGAGUGUUGAUUCAGCCUGGUUCCCCCUCUUGGUGGGUGUGUUGUGUUUUUUAACUACAUGGUGUUGGUUUGAUGUGGAAGUGUUUAUCCACGUUCAGAGUACCAAACAAGCCAUGAACAAGCUUCCUCCCCUUGACCCCAGUCUACAGUAUCUGAGCUCAGAUGUGUUUUGUAGAUUUUUAAAUUAUUUUAGUGAUGAUUAUUUUAUUAAAGGGGUCUGUGCCCACUGCCUGGUGAAGUCCCAGAUCUUUGGCAGACCUCUUUGACAACAUGUCUGGAAUCGUGUUGUCGUCUUUUUAACUGAGUUUUUCAAGCAGUGCCAAACUCAACCCAAUAUAAAAGUAGAGUGACUGAGAGAACAGAAGUUAGUGGGGAGGCUAACUAGUGUAGCUGGAGGCUUUGGGCUGUAGAUCAGACAUGGGAGGGAAACAGACCCUACUGGUACCCUAAAAACUGGAGAGAAGAAGAGGGCAUUGCUAUGGUUGAGGAUGCAGAUAUUAGAAAACAGAACUUUAAUUUGCUGAGGUGAGUAGCUGGCAUGAAUAUGUCAGUUCUAAAAGGAGCAUUCAUUACCCUUAAAUGUACAAACUAAGGUAAGAAGAUGGGCUUUGUAAAAUGUUCAUUUAUUUCUCAGACAGUCUGUGUUCAGUUCUGUAUCUCCCCAGACAUGAGAGAGUUCUGGGUUUCUCAGCUCUGCCCCUUCCUACUUCACCACUUCACCUGUGCUGCCUGGUGCUUCUCUGAUUAAACACAUGACUCAUCAGAGGACGCUAACACGGACACUAUCCAGAAAGCUCUAGCUCUUGCUGAAUCUUAACCGGAAGGAUUUGAUGCUGUUAUCACUGAAAUACCACCAGGACUAAAGCCAUUUCCCUUUGAGUCAACUGACCACCGCCUCUGUGAGCCCAGUAAAUGAGCAAAGCCUUCCAGUAUUGCAGACUUGGUUACCUUUGGCACAUACUUUUGUUACCCUCUUGGAUCUUGGUAAGAUCCUGACAAUAAUAGCAGAGGAGAAAGCAAGGUUGGGCUAAUGAUAAUGAUGCUGCUCCCAUACACCUGUUUCUUUAAGGGACAGUCCCCACCAACUGCCUAACAAUGUGCCUCCCUCUCUGGUGCUGCUGGUGGAAAUGAAGACUGGAUUUUUCCAGCCAGGGUGGGGACCUUGGGGCAGCAGAAAGAGUGCACCCAAGAGAAAGUCAGUAGACAAGGUGGUGUGGCUACUGACCUUACCUUCCAGAUGUUACUUUGUAAACUAGAACAUCCCCAGCAAGUGGCCUGGAUCCUCUUUGGAGAAAGAAACUUAUGGAAGAAAGAAACCCAUGGAAAGUGAGCCUCUGAGCAGAUCCCCCGACACCUGGAUUCUUCUCCAGUUCAGAGAGUAUUCUGGGCUCCUAACCCUGAUGAUCACCAGCAUGGAGGGCCCAGCCGAGGAGUGAUUCUGCUGCAGAAGUAAACAGUGCAGACUUCUGUUAGUCAAACUUCCUAUUUGUCAAAAUACCCCUUUUUUUCUGUUCCUAAAAGGAAGGAUAAGAGAACAUUUCAGACGAGGCACUUCAGAUGUUUCCCAGUAUCCUAUAAUAAAUAAAUUAAUGAGUAUUUUAAACACUAGAAGGACAAGGCUUUUCCCAACCUUUAGGCUCCCCUGAGCCAGGACCAUAGCAGGCACAGUACAAUUCGAUGGCAGCUGAAGACUGGAAAUGGGGGGUGGGGGACAGGCAGGAAGAUGUGAGGAGCAGGAUGCUAUGCUCUGCAAAGAAGGCAGCAGCCACUAUCGGAAAACUCCCACCAGGUGCUGCCCACCACCAGCACACCCCUGCCCGCUGUGCACACACCCAUCUCCCUCCCACUCCAACACCACUGUGUGGGGGCAGUCUUGUUGGAAGCAGAUCAGUUGACCUAGAAUGAAGCCCUGAGCCAUAAUGGUAACCAGAAAAGGGUUGUGCCACUCCUGGUCUCCCUCACUCCCUUCCGGAAAAGCUAGCCCCAUCUUCCAGGGGAUCUUUCCUAAAAGCCCACAGCUUAACUCCACAGUGCCUGAGGAAGAGACUGUGUAAGGGCUGGGCUUCUGCAGCCUCUGAUAGUAAACUUUCCUCUCCUAUGAUUUCAUUUCCCUCAUAAUUAAAAUAGACCCUUGUAACAGAGGAGCCUUCCAGACAGGCUGGAAUAGUAUACCCAGGGAUGUCCAUCAUCACCUGGCAUGGCCAGCCUGAGAAACCUGGUUCGCCAUGCUGCUCCAUAAGUGGAGAGUCCCCUGAGACUUGUGCCUGCAUUGUCAUCCACACGUUACCACUGGUUUUACAGAGACUAGUGCUACCUUCACAUCCACUGAGCACAUGUCCUGAAAUCUCGCCCCAUGGCUUUGCCAUUUUGUGUUCUCAGAUGUACUCCCAUUGUUCCGGCAUUCUCCUUAAAGGGCUCCUUUUCUCCUCAGAGGCAAUCCUAGCCAUCCUUAGCUCCACAGACUGGGGCUAUGCCCACUACCCAUGCCUUGUGCCACAAAGGACACCUGGAUAUUUUCUCUUAGGACUUUGCCACCACCUCAUGGUGCCUGCUGUGGAGAGUACAUGGCUGGGUAUGGCCUGUCUCACUUUGCCAGGAGUCAUGAUCCACUAACACAUGGGAACCCUUUAUCCAAAGCCCCCUAAGAUGUGUUACAGAAAAUGCAGAGCCACAGGUAUGUCCUCUCCAUUAGCAGCUCAUUGGGUUGGAAAUUCCAUGUGGGGUUUACUUAGAAUGAAAGAUACUUGAAUUAUUGAGCGCCUUUGAGCGCCCAGCUUCUGUUACACAGUGUUACCAGGUGGCCAUUGUCGUGAAACGAGAGUGAUGCCUGAACAUCUCGAUGAUGCUUGAGCCUUUUGUGUAAUUUUUUAUUAAGUCUGUGUAUCAUGACUCAUUAAUAAAGAAAUAAAGAGAAA